UGGACACUUCAGAGAUGGAACCCGUGGAGAAACUGGUCCCUGAGUGCCUGGCACUUCUGCUAAAGCUUGGAAACUUCAUCCUGCAAAAUCCAAAGAAGUCCAUGACGAAACCAAACCUCUCUGUGUCAGAUGAAGUCCGGCACCUAAUCAUCAAGGAGAACACCAUCAAGUAUCUGUGCAGCAGCUCCAAGCUCAUGACCCCGCAGGGUUUCCUCGAAUAUUAUGACAAAUUUAUACAUGUUAUCCUAGACUCAGAACUUCUUUGGCCAACUCCUCGCCAUCUGUUUCUUAGCAGUUAAGAAAUUCAUUUUUGAUCUCUAC